AUGACGACAGCGGGCUGGAGCCAGGUGCGCACGGACGAGAUCCUUGUGCCCGUUAUCCGGGACAUAAAUCGGGCGGAAAAGGAAUUUAAUCGAUUGCGACAGGAAGCCCGGGCUGGCCAUGAAUCAGGUGCUGUGCAGGAUCCGGUGGAGGAACUGCCCACCUCGUCUCAGCGUGACAAGCGAGGGACCCGUCAGAAGGACACCGAAGGCGGCAGCAAGAAGCGAAACUCUGGAAAUCAGAGAGUUCACCCAAUAACCAACUACACCAUCCGGCCAUGA